CGAGUAAAAUUCCGAUUAAUGAUAACGAAGAUAGAUAGAUAGAAGAUCUUUCUUUUUGUACGAAAAUUAAUCCUAGAUGGUAGGAUGCAAUAAAGAAAUUCGACGUUACUACGACGUACGGCGUCGUCGAAGCGGUAGUCGUCGUUACUGCUACUGCUCCGAUGUUCGAGAGAAAGAGAGAUAGAGAAGGAUAGAGACAAAGAGACAGAGGGAAAGAGAGAGAGAGAGAGAGAGAGAGAAAUAUGCAGUGAGGAGGCUGGAUACGCGCAAACGCGAGUCAACUAAUACGUAGGGCGCAAACGCGAAAGCUUCCCGAAGCGUCUCCGCAUCCCCUCCGAAUCGUCGUCCGGCGAACCCCACCCCUGAACUUUGCGUAAUAUUCAAGAACGACGGCACCGUCGGGGAACGUCGAGCCCUCUUUUCUCUCCUCUUGACGUCCGGCCCUGGGCCACGACGGCCUGCCCAGGCCAGGAUCGUAAUAUUAACGAAAGCGACGGCGGAUAGCGGUUUCCCUCGCGUGCGCGACCACCAGCAGACUUCGCAGAGUUUAACACCAGGAUUUUUCCUAUCUCGUAACGCGUGCGCGCGCGUGCUCGUUCGUUCGUUCGUACGUACGUUCGCUUGCUCGCUCGCUCGCUCGCUUGUUUGCUUGCUUGCUUGCUUGCUUACUUACACCCUCCUAAAUCCCAGACUUCGGUCGCGUUUCGCGCUAUCGUUACUUCUCUCUUCUUCCUCUUCCUCCUCCUCCUCCUCCUCCUCCUCCUCCAUCUCCUCCUCUUCUUCUUUCUUUCUGUCUUUCUCCACCUUCCCCUCCUCCUCCUCCUCCUCCUCCUCCUUCACCUCCUUCAUCUCCUCUUCGUACCGACGCGACUCCUCUUUGUCCAACGCGCCUUUCAGUUCUUUCCUUCCGUUCCAUCCUCUUCGAACUAACCUUUAACCACCCUUAUCCUUCGUCCCAUAGUGAUUGCAGUUCGAUCGCAAGUGAUCGUUGUUCUAGACGAAAAAGGAGAAAAGAAAGACAAGAAAGGAAGAGAAGAGAAAGGAAAAAGAAAAGAAAAGAUAAGGAGAGAAAAGUAAAAGGAAUGAAAGAAAGAAAGAAAGAAAAUAAAGGACCGUGUGAAACCAAAGCGACGAGGGUGAUCGAUCUUCUGUGCCUCUCACCAAAGAAGAAUAUACUCUCUAUUAUCGUGCCAAGUCUUAAACUCGUAUAGUGUUUUACUGUUAGCAACGAAGAAUGGUUUAACACUUUCGUUUCUAUCUAAGAGAAUCUAUCUGGACGAACGACGUAUGUAUGUACGACGAUGGUAUCGAUUCGACGACGUGACCGACGGAAGAACUUGCUUAAGUUUCUACUCCCGAAGAGAAGUCAACGUGUUAUGUUCGAAUUCAAAAUCGGCAUUGACGUAGUCCAAGAAAGAUCUCGAUUAUCUUCUUGCAUCAAAGAGAUUUUUCUUACGACCUGUGUCUUGACGCAGCCUUUGAACUCAUACCGGAGAGGCUAAGGUUCUUUUUUUUUCUUCUUCAUCUUCUUCUUCUUCUUCUUCUUCAUCUUCUUUUUCUUCGAAAGCUCUUCGUGAUUUAUCGAAAGGAUAAAUUCGCGUCGAUCGACUACGUCGCUCUUUUUUUCUCUCUCUCUCUCUCUCUCUCUCUCUCUUUUUCUUUAUCUCUUUCUCUAUAUUUCUCUCUCUCUCUUUCUUUUUCUCUUUCUCUUUCUCUUUCUCUUUCUGCAACGACACGAUCGGAGCGUCGGACGACAGCAUCAACGGCGGCAAGAGAACCGGCGGAAUCCACCGCCGCGUUUCCAGCUGGUUAACCGAGCUCAGUGAUUCCAGGCAAUGUCACCUUCCAUUUAACUCGCGGAAAUCACGUGCAGCCGGCGCUCGUAAAGGACGUUGAGUUAUUGUGGCGAUCCGCAAGGUUCUACUAAUUAGCUCGCGGCCGAUUCGAAACUGAGCGAACGAACGAGCGAACGAGCAAACGAGCGAGCGAGCGAGCGAGCGAGCAAGCAAGCAAAGCGAGCAAACGAGCGAGCGGACGAACGAACAAGCGAGUGUACAAGAAAGAGAAAGAGAGAAAGAGAAACCUCUACCCCGAGAGUCAUUCAUUAACGGGACAGCAGUCACGAAUUGUUUUCAUUCAUUGGUUCUUGCGUGUGCUACUAAGAAGUUGUGUCCUGAAUGAACGUAGUCGUUUGCUUUUUCAAUUUGAGAAACUAUCGGGAAAACUAUAGAGUUGGAUAUAACAAAACGAAUGAUAAAAUUUUAAAUGAUGAAAGAGAGAAAAGAAAGAAAGAAAAAAGAAGGGAGGAAAGGAAAAACGAAAAAACAAAAAAAAGGAAAAGGAUCGGCGAUGCCGUUGAUCGUGUUCGCAGAAUGUAUUGGCGGAGACAGUGCUGGGUCAUGGCGAGAUGCUGAAGGAAGUCGGCUGCGGAAGUAGUACUCCCCCUGCUGGGGAUGGUGCCGUGAACAGCAACCGUCCGGUUGGCACGGCGGAGAGCAACAGCUCGGAAAGCACCCUUGGCUGCGGUGGUUGCGGUAGGGAGAUAGCCGAACGUUGGUACCUAAGGGCUGCCGAUCGUGCCUGGCACUGCGGUUGUCUUCGUUGCUGCAAUUGCCGGAUGCCUCUCGCUGGCGAACGUACUUGCUUCGCGAGAGACGGCAACAUAUACUGCAAAGAGGAUUACUACAGGUUGUUCUCCGUAUCGAGAUGUUCCCGAUGCCGUGAGGGUAUCUUCCCGUCGGAGCUUGUGAUGAGAGCAAGGGACCUGGUCUACCACGUGACCUGUUUUAAUUGCGCCUCCUGCGGUACAGCAUUGAACAAAGGCGAUCAUUUUGGCCAGAGAGACGGCUUGGUAUAUUGUAGACCGCACUACGAGUUGCUUUGCUGCGCCGGGGAUUACGGAAGCGGUACUGGCAGCAUAGAAGACAUCGGUUCGCCAGGAGUCUCGCCGCUUCCGGCUUAUUACAGCACGGCCGAGCAGAGUCCGAUCGCGUCCUCAGGAACGGUACAAAAGGGAAGGCCAAGGAAGAGGAAACUUUCCGAAGUCACCGGGUCCGAGCUUCCUGUAACAAUGAGGCUGGCCGCCGGAGCGCUGGAACUUCUACAUCCGACCGAGUUAUCUUCGUCGAUGGAAUCGCUCGCAGCAUACGACGCAUCCGUAGGUUCGCCCGGACCCGUUCAUCAGAGCCAAAGAACUAAACGCAUGCGUACAAGCUUCAAGCAUCAUCAGCUGAGAACUAUGAAGAAUUACUUCGCCAUUAAUCAGAAUCCAGAUGCGAAAGAUCUUAAACAAUUGGCCCAGAAAACGGGUCUCUCGAAGAGGGUACUUCAGGUGAGAAGGGGACGGAUCGCUUUUGCGGUAUGGUUCCAAAACGCACGCGCAAAAUGGCGGCGGAAUAUGAUGAGGCAAGAGGGUAGCGGAGCGAACAGUAACGUUGGCUGUCCUGGUACGCCGGUGUCAUCGAGUACAGCAGGUUCGCCAAACGUCGCACCAACCGUUAGCAUCUUAGGCGACAGUAACAGUAUGCCCUCGACCUCGAUGGAGGAAUUGCACGCCCUUCAUCAUUUGCAUUCUGGUGUUUCCUCUCAGGUCUCUUUUUCCGAUCUCUACUGACGACGGCUUGAGAUGGAGGAAGACGGUUAUAGUACCCUUUCCAGCCAUCUUGGAUGAGAAAACGCCAAGGAAGAUACGGACUUCUCUUUUUUCUUAUUACGAGAUGACAUUCUCGUCAAAUUUGUGAGGGUUCGUGAGAAUAACGACGUAAGAACGUCGAUGAAAUCCUUGCUUUAUUGUCAUUCGAUGAAUUCGAAUAUAAAUUCUAAAUAUUCAAAGGGAAAUAAAAAUCAAUGACGAACUUGAUUCCUGAGAAAAAGAGAUCAAGUGAGAGAGAAAGAGAGAGAAAAAGAGAGAAAAAGAGAGAGUAGUUUAAUCGUCGACUUGGAAAAUCGUCUAAAAGAAGAGAAGAGAGAUUAACUUUAAAAGAUAAGUGAUAAUAACCAUAGUUCCAUGCACAUUCAAAUAACCAAAGGGUUUCUAUAAACGAUAGUCCACCCUCCCCCCACCUCUCUCGAGGAGAAUGUAAUAACAUAGCUGUGCGAGAGAAAACAUCAUUAGAAAGCGAUCAACCGACCAUCGAUGAAUACUCUCGAAUAGGUCUUCGAUUUUAUUAUACUAAUUAUUGUCUAUAUUAUAUCACGAGAGUGUUCUCCCAACGAGAUAAUAAAUUUUAAUUAAUCAUCCUUAAUCGAUACGAUACUCGAUUAUCUAUAAUUUGUAAAUAAGUUAUUCGCUUACGUAUACCGAUCGAUAAAAAAAAAGAGAUACGAAUUUUUUCUUUCCAAUUUUCCCCCAUCUUCCUUCUAUUCUUCCUUCUUUUUUUUUUAUUUUUCUUUUUUUUUCUUUUCUUUUUCUUUUCUUCUUUUUGCCCUCUCUUUUCCCUCGUUACAAGCACUGUUCGAGAGAAUCAUCGUGAACGUAUGUUAGGUACAAUCGGACGAACGUGAUAGUUGAAAAGCGAAAAUCGAUAAGAGAGAAGACAGAGAAAAAGAUAAAAAAGAGAGAGAGAGAGAGAGAAAGAGAGAAACAAAAGUAAAUGCGACGAAGAUGAGACUAACGAGAUCGAAAAAGAAAAGAAAAAAGAAAAAAGAGAUAGAAAGAAAGAAAUAAAAGAAUCUUUUGAUAAAUAACGGACGACCCGUUAACUUAGAAAAGAAAAGUCUUAACAGCGUUCCUCUCCUCGUGCCAAAGUGUAGCUUCUAACAAUAAGAUUAGAAAGAUUUCCACGAGCCGUUCGAAUUCAAGAGAUAACGCGCGAUAUAUUUUUUCAAGAAAGUCAUCGGCAAUAACCCGUCAGACAUUUCCCGAUCGUCGAUCGUUCUAUACUUCCGACGUUGCAGAUCGCGUUUGGAAGAAGCGAGAAAAUAAAAAAAGAAGACGAAGACGAAGAAGAAGAAGAAGAAGAAGAAGAAGAAAUAGCAGUAGAAGGAAAUUUCUCGAUCUUAUCUUGCAUAAAUCGAGGACUCGAUUUAUCGAUUUAACGAUGUACUAUAUCGAUCGACGUUUCGAGGAAGCGUCCACAUUCCAGGUCUUUCUUUGAAUCCGAACUUAUUACGGCUCUGACCACUGCUGAAACAGUUGAUGUAUAUUAGAAGCGAAAAAAAAAAAACAAAAAAAAUAAAAAGCGAAAAAGAAAAAAAAUAAAAA